AUUUACAGAAAACCCAUCCCUAAUUUUAACGCAAAGAAGAAGAAAUUGCAAAACAAAAAUAAUGUUUAAUUCAAUUGAAAUUCCUGAUUCUGAGGACGAGAUGCCCGAAUCAACAAGAAUAAAUGAAAGGGAAAAGUCAGUUAUUAGUGGCACCGAGUCUAAUGAUCCGUCACCGAAAAAACAAAAUGAAUUGUCGGACACCUCCUCCUGCGGAAAGUCAACCGAAUCUCUGUCAUCCAGCGAAGCAAAAGCAAAUAUUCGUCACAGAGCACGAAAAACACAGCACACAGUUCGCAAUGGGGUCGAGAAUGAAAUUCAAUUCGAAACUAUACCUCUGGAUGAUACUGCUGAUGGCAGCAGUUCGCCACAGUCCAAGGUGCCACGUUUGGAGGACGACGACAUCAAGUCUGUUGUUGAGAAUAUGUUAGACUCCGAGGACAUGAAGCAAAUUAUACAACAAAUUGCUGAGGAGCGAGUGCGUUGCAAUUUUUUACUGGCUAGCUAUCGCCUGCCUGAUAUGAGUUUUAGGCUAAACACAGACAUGGCGGUUUUAAAACAUCAAUUCCGGGAACGACUCAAAAAAAUACAAGGUGGAAAAUGCUUCAGCUGCUGGAACAUCAAAGGCAAUAGCGAAUCAAUCAAAUGAGGUCAAAGCAACGGCAAAUUCAUCGAGUAUUACAUCGCAAACAAAAGUAGGUUAUAAUAGUAAUUAGUCAACUGUAUUUAACAAAAAAAGUAUUCUAUUAAAUGCAUAAGUAUCUUAAAA